AUGGGACUGGGAGUCGAGGGCGGCGUGGCCCUAGGCAGAGCCCUGGAGCGGAGAGUGCCCAUCAGGUCGCUGGACCUGUGGAGCAAUGGCAUCGGACCAGCAGGUGCUGCUUCCCUGGCCAAGGGAAUAUUCGCCAGCGGCCAUCUCCACACCCUGAGCCUCAAGGGCAACUUCAUCGGCCCGGCGGGCAUGAGGGAGUUGAGCUCGGCGCUGGAGGGCAACCUCACGGUCACAACUCUCGACGUAUCAGGCAACCGACUCGGUGUAGAAGGUGGAAAGGCGCUUGCGAGCCUGCUGACCGCCAACCAACACCUUAAGAAUGUCUACGCCAGCGGCAACAACCUCGACAAUGAGGGCGUUGCCGCCUUGGCGGAAGCACUUAGGACCAACGCGACUGUGAGCACUCUCAAUCUGCAGCUCAACCGGAUAAGCGACGCGGGUGCCAAGGACAUUGCUGCCAUUCUAGCCAACAACAAGGCACAUACGCUCACAGGCCUAAACCUGACGCACCUUGACCUGGGGUGGAACCACAUAACCCAAGUGGGUGCCCGCUCACUGGCCGACAUGCUCAAGGCCAAUCGCGUGCUCUGCGGCCUCGGGCUGGAGGGCAACCGCAUCACGGCCGAGGGCGGGAUGUACCUGUGCGAGUCCCUGGAGAACAACCACGCGCUCACCUUCCUCAACAUCGCCUCCUGCAACCUCCGGAAAACGGGCGGCACCAGCAUCGCCGCCUUGCUGCGGAAAAAUGCCACCCUCGAGGAGCUAAUCGUCAAGAAGAACGGCCUCACGUCUCAAGGCGUCCAGUCCUUGGCUGAUGGUCUGAAGCGCAACCUGGUGCUGAAGAAGCUGGACCUGUGCGAGAAUAGGAUCGACCUUGACGGUGCGGUGGCACUGGCGGAGAUCUUCAGGCUCAACAACGGACUGACGCACGUGAAACUGGCCGGCAAUGCCCUCACAGACGAGGGAGUGUUUGCACUGAAGGAGGCAGCCACCAGAAACACCAAGCUCACCUACACGUUCUCCUGA